CCUGUCUUUGCUAAUAAAGUUUUGAAUCCAAGAUGGCGCUGCGGACGGCUCGCUCAGCCCGGGCGGUUCUCCCGCGGCUCCUCGUGAAGGGUUUCUGCUCCAGAAAGCCGCGGGAGUUUCUGCCGGACCUCUGCCGCCGGGGUGUGUCUGCAGCGGCGGCGGGCAGCUGUGGCGUUGGCGCCGGCUUCAGCGGGCCUCUGGAUCAUUACAGCUCUCUGAUCCGGGACGGGGUUCUGCGGGACGACCAGCACCAGCGAGCCGUGCUGCAGAAGCUGGAGCAGCUGCAGCGGCGCCUGAGAGGAUACAGCAACGCGCCGGCGUCCGUCCUCGCCAGGUUCUUCACCAGACCAAAGACCCCCAAAGGUUUCUACAUCUACGGAGACGUCGGAACGGGAAAGACGAUGGUGAUGGACAUGUUCUUCUCGUACGUUGAGACUGAGAAGAAGAAGAGGGUUCACUUUCACGGGUUCAUGCUGGACGUGCACAAAAGGAUCCAUCGGCUCAAACAGAGUCUACCCAAAAGGAAAGUGGGGAAAAUGGCCAAAGCGUACGACCCCAUCGCUCCGGUGGCGGAGGAGAUCAGCGAGGAGGCGUGUCUGCUGUGCUUCGACGAGUUCCAGGUCACGGACAUCGCCGACGCCAUGAUCCUCAAGCAGCUGUUUGAGCGUCUGUUCCUGAACGGGGUGGUUGUCGUGGCGACCUCCAACCGGCCUCCUGAAGACUUGUACAAAAACGGACUGCAGAGAGUCAACUUUGUGCCUUUUAUCGCUGUCUUGAAGGAAUACUGUCAGACUCUGCGGCUGGAUUCUGGAGUGGACUACCGCAGACAGGGCAGACCGUCUGCGGGAAAACUCUACUUUCUCUCCAGUGAAGCUGGUGUGGAGGCCACGCUGGACCGGAUGUUUGAUGAGCUGGCUUUCCGACAGAAUGACAUAACGCGCCCGCGGGUUCUCACCAUCAACAACAGGAAGGUGGUUCUGAGCAAAGCCUGCGGGACGGUGGCGGACUGCAGCUUCCAGGAGCUCUGCGACCGCCCUUUAGGAGCCAGCGACUACCUGGAGAUGUCCCGCCUCUUCGAUACUGUUUUCAUCCGCCACAUUCCUCAGCUGAACCUGAACCGGAAGACGCAGGCGCGGCGGCUGAUCACGCUAGUGGACGCGCUCUACGAGCAGAAGGUGCGCGUGGUGCUUCUGGCUGAUCAUCCGCUGGAGGAGCUGUUUGUCCACGAUGAGGACCACGGUCACGACGACAGCCACGCCCUGAUGGACGACCUGGGCCUGAAGCGGGAAGAAGCCCGAACGCUGUCCAUCUUCAGCGGCGAGGAGGAGCGGUUCGCCUUCCAGAGGACGGUCUCCAGACUCACGGAGAUGCAGUCAGAGGAGUACUGGCUGGAAGGAGACCGGAGCUCCAGGACCGUCUGACCAGAGGAGCUCCUGAGAACGCGGCGGCUCCGGCGGCGGCUCCGGCGGCGGCUCCGGCGGCGGCGGCUCCAGCGGCGGCCUACUACCAGGACUUUGCACUUUAUGCGUCAGUGGAAAUCUGGGAUUUCAUAAGCUGCUGGACCACGUUCAGAACAGAACCCAGAAUUGGAUCAGAACCACGAACAGAACCAGCAGAAUUCAGUUUGAACAGAACUCAGUCUAAAAUGUUGAUCUAAAAGGCUUUGGUCUGUUUUUACUCACAACUUUCAAACUGAUGAAUCUCAGAGCGUUGCAUUGUGGGAAAUGGUUCCUUGGGAGCAGAAGAACCUGGAUCUUUAGUUCAGGUUGUUUGUCCAUUGCCUCAGAAAGACGAGGUUUCGAUCCGGAGACUCCAACAGCUUCUGAAGAACCGAAGGAGCCAGGGGGCGGGGCUUAACUCUGAGGGAAAAUCUGAUUGGUACAAAAAGCAAAAGCAAGAAGCAUGGGAGAGAGUUAGUGACCUAGUGGUGGAGUGUCUGCCCUGAAGCAGGAGUCCAAACCCCAAACUCUAAACAUGAAGAAAGAAGGCCAGAACCGGUCCUGAUUUCGGUUCACGUUUUGCUGAGUCAUCACUCCUUAUUUAAAUUCAGUUCAGAAUUUCAGCAAAAUCAAAACCAUGAAGCUUAAAAAUGAAAGAAAUUCAAUAAAAAAAAUGCUGAAAAGAU